AGCAACAACUCUGCAAAAUACUUCGCCAUUGACGAGGACAAUUAUGGCGACAAUUACCCAAAAUCGUGUACGAGGACGACCAGCUCAUACUAGAGGUCCUACAUAUCUAUCAUAUACACCUGAUGGCACGAAAUUAAUCACUGUCGGAUCCAACAAUACGGUUCGGGUAUACAGGACCGGUUUUGACGGAGAACCUACGAACAUUGAUGAAUGUCCGGAGCAAAAUAGUGGCGUUUCUUCUACUGACGAUUUCUUCGUUAUUGGUUCUGAAGAUGGCAACAUUAGCAAGUUUUCUUUGGAGACAAUGUCUUUCGAAGGGUUCCUCACUCGAUGCUCCCUACCAAUCCGCGAUGUCGAACUAUCUCCUGAUGGCCAAUGGUGUGCUGUUUCGAGUGAUGAUAUGGCAGUCAAGGUCAUCAAGAUGGACGAUAAGAAUUCCGUCAUGGUUUUGAGAGAACAGCCAAAGCCCGUCAAACAUCUCUCCUUCGACCCAAGUGGUAAAUGGAUAACAUUAUCUUGCACAGAUGGUCUAAUUUACGUUUACUCGCUCAGGGAUGAAGAACCAGACCUCGUGCGGAAGAUUGACGGGUUGAUCAGAGGAGUUGAGACUGAGGAUGAGGUCUGUACAAAAGUCGUGUGGCAUCCCGACGGGAGAGCCUUUGCCGCUCCAACAGCUAUGAGGAAUAUCCAAGUUGUAUCCAAGAACGACUGGGAAUAUCAGCGGGCCUUUGUAAGUGGACACGAUGGUGAUAUCACUGCUUUGGCUUGGUCACCGAACGGAGCAAUGCUAGUUUCUGCAGGGAAGGAUAGGAAGGUCGUUCUAUGGGAGACCAAGACCCAGAAGCAACUUGCGACAUAUGACCAUGCGAAUGUUAUGGAUUUCGCGUGGCAUCCUUCGAAAAACAUUCUAUCAUUCACCAACACAGAUGGUGAGGUCUACAUCUAUAACGACUUCGUACCUGCAGAUCAUGCCAAUCUGGUCAAGCUACCAUUGCAACCCUCGCCAUUCAUUCACGACCCUCUGUCAGAGAUAUCGGCCAACGCUCGGCGACCAAUCACAAAUGGUAUCAAAGACAUACCAAAUCGAGCCAGAAGAGGAUCCUUGGAUAGUCUGGAUGACAUCUUGCCCUCUGAGCUAAUGGGAGACGAUGAUGAUUUUGUAGUCGAUGAUGAUGGCGCAGGAUAUGCAUUGGGAUUAAAUGCCAACGGCAAGAGACCAAACGGAGCUGUCGAUACCUAUGCUGUCAGCAAACGUCGCAUCCAAGCCUGGGAACCGCAGUAUCAUGAGUCUUUCCAACCUGGUUCUACACCUUGGCGAGGGAAUCGAAAGUAUUUGUGUCUCAAUCUUAUUGGCUUCGUGUGGACUGUCGACCAAGAUACACACAACACGGUGACCGUUGAGUUUUAUGACCACGAAUUCCACCGCGACUUUCACUUUACAGAUACGUUUCUGUACGACAAAGCUUGUCUCAACGAUAAUGGCACACUCUUCUCGUGCCCAGCUCACGAUGAUGUUCCUGCAACCAUUUUCUACCGACCCCAUGAAACUUGGACAGCACGAGCCGACUGGAGGACUCAACUACCCAAAGGAGAAGAUGUGACGGCAAUCUCACUUAGUGAUUCAUUCGUCACUGUUACCACGACUGCAAACUAUGUCAGGAUAUACACUCUAUUUGGUGUCCCAUACAGAGUGUAUAGGCAGAAGAGCAGUCCAGCAGUGACAUGUGCAAGCUGGAGAGAUUAUGUUCUUACACUUGGGAAUGGGCCGGUAGGUGCAGAUGGCAACACCAAGCUUUUAUACACGAUUCAAAACAUCAAAAGAGACGAGAUCUGUCAGAGUGAAGAUGUGGUAGCUUUACCAGAUGGCGAGACCUUGAAGUCUGUGUUCUUCUCAGACAAUGGUGAACCAUGCAUAUACGACUCGACGGGUACUCUUCUCACGCUCCUUCACUGGCGGACCCCGUCCCAAGCAACUUGGGUUCCGCUACUGGACACCAAGCUCCUCUCCCGGCUCGCCUCAGGGCGGAAAACUGAAUCCUACUUUCCAAUUGCAGUGGCCGACAAUAAAUUCCACUGUAUAAUCCUCAAGGGUGGCGACCAAUAUCCUUACUUCCCCCGGCCGUUACUCUCAGAAUUCGAAUUUGAGAUUCCCCUGUCCUCAAAACCUGCUUCCAACAACAAAGACGACGAUGUAUUCAACGAAGAGGCAAUAAAAGAGGAAGACGAGCUGAAGAAAUUAGAGGGACAAUUCGUGCUGAAGAGUAUCCUGACAGCUCAACAGCAAGACUUGGUAGAUUUUACCAAGAGUACGCACACGCAACGGACGGCAUUGGCGAGAAUGGAGUUGGAGAUUGAUAAGACCUUGCUACAGAUGAUGGCUGUUGAGUGUAGGGAGGGAGAAGAGAGAGGAAUGAGGGCGCUAGAGAUGGUUAGUCUUCUGAGAGACAGGACGGGAAGGAUGAUUGAUGCUGCCGGGAAAGUAGCUGAGAGAUAUGGGCGGACUGUUCUAGGUGAGAAGAUCAGGGAGGUGGGAGAGGCGAGGUUGGGUGGUGGUGAUAUGGAUGAGGAUUAGGUUAAGCGAGGGUGAAUAGGGGCGAGUAGGGAUGGCAGGAUAGGUUAUGAACGGCGUUCUGUGCGUGUAUAGUGUUUAGGAUUGGGUACAUCACGAGGGAC